AUGUUGCUCCACAGUAGCUCUUCUUGGCAGGCUUCGGUGCCUGGGAUCAAAGCCAACCCAAGCGAUUCCGCAAAGGUGGCAAACUUCCUUUUUCCGAAUGGCUUCUCCGUUGCCGGAACGGAGCCGGCGGUGCAGCGGUUGGUGGGUCGGGCGACGGCCACCACUGGAUGCCUCCAAGCCAAGCUGCUCAAAACCUCGGGUGCCUUCCACACGCAGCUCAUGCAGCCAGCGCGCGAGCGGCUCCUGGCGGCACUCCGGGACGCGGAGCCAUCCAUGAAGCCGCCCACGCGCGACAUCUACGCCAACCUCACCGGUGCAAGGCUUCCAGCCGGCACGCCGGUCCAGGAGAUCAUUACGAGCUUGGCAGACCAGCUCACAAACUGCGUCCUGUGGGAGCCGUGCAUGCGUGCUGCUCUGGCAGACGGCCUGUCCGAGUUUUACGAGCUGGGCCCCAUGAAGCAGCUCAAGUCCAUGAUGAAGCGCAUCGACCAGUCGGCCUGGCAGAAGACCCAGAAUGUCAUGGUUUGA